AUGGCUGCAGCCCGACGAGGUCAGCCGUUGAACAUCAACCUGCCGAAUGGUAGUCUCCAAAACCCCGAUCUCCCAUCUCUCUCGGCCCUCUUCCUCAUCUACUUCGACAUCAAAGCCGGCUACACCAUUGGAUGGAAGCGGUCUUUGCCAGGCAUUGAGCUGGAGGGAGUAGUGGAAUACAAGAGCCUGCCAUCGGGACUGCACACCGUGAAAGAGGAUCUGAUUUACUUUGUCCACGACAAUCAUGCCGGGCUCAGCGCUUUUAUCAACGCGCCUGCUGCCGAGGAAUCCAGGAAUGCCCGGAUGAUUGCCGUGGGGGUUAUGGUGCCCUUAAGCUAUGGCAGAUUAGGGAGGAGUUGGAAACAUGCUGAGGCAUUGAAGGAGAUGGCCAGUGAGUUGAUCGUCGACACGACCCAGACGAAAGUUCUCGAGAAGUAUUGGGAAGAACACAAAGCACAAGGUCCUUCUCCGCCGGCGAUGACUGAGUCGCCGCUGGAUACUCCAUUGAGCUUGAAGCUCGAACCCGUACGAAAUAAUACUGUGAAGCCGAACGGACAUGGCCGAAAUCGAUCGGCCUCAGAUGGCGCGGCGCUGCUCCCUCCUGGGCAUUCAUUGUCUGCUCACCAUCCGGCGUGGAGUUUACCAAGGCUACUUGAGGCUUUCGGGCCUCUGAUAUUCCCUCUGCAUAGGGCUGCGCUCUUGCGAAAGAGGAUAUUGAUCACAGCGCAGGCGCCUGUUCAAGAAACUUGUGAUUUUGUAUACGACAUUUCCGUCCUCUCGAACAUUCCCCUAGCAGUCAGUGAUCUUCUCGCCUCUACAGCUCCCCCUCAACGCCUCCGCCCCCUCUUCUCAAUAGGCGUGCACGACAUCCCCCUCCUAGAGGAAGACCUGCGCAUCUCGAAGGCAUCUCUCACAGGCCACGAGUCCGACUUUUCCGAGGCCAGAGACGACCAAGGGUGCGGCUGGAUAGCCUGCACAACCGACAGCAUCCUUGCCAUGAAAAGCACUCUUUACGACGUCCUCGUCACCAUGCCCCCUCCCUACACCACAGACGCCACCCACAAGGUCUGGCCCAAAAUCCAGUCCGCGCAAGGCGUAGAAAUGAAGGCCACGCAGCGUGACCUCCGCCGCUACCAAUCCCUUCGCUGGGGUCUAUCCCGCCAUGCUUCUCCCCCACCCAGUCCAGCCGACAAGACGAGAUCCAGCCCCGAGCAGCCUGUGGUGCCAGAAACAUCGACAUCACGCCCAGCGUCAAGCUCUCCCUCCCACGCCCGCGACAUCACCAAAUCCGACCUCCCAGACACGGACGCCAUCGCAGAGCCGCUGUCAUGGUCCGCCUUGGCCUACUCAGGAUUCAUGUGGUGGGCCUCCUCGGGCGAGCAGCGCGGCGAAAUCGACGAAGAAGCCGACGCCGACGCGACCCUCCUCUCAGGCCUCUCGCUACCCUCCUCUAGUCCCUCCUCCUCCUCCGCCCAUCCGCCAGGGGGCAGGAACGGGGAGGAUAUGAGCGCCAAGCAUGAGAUGGCUAUCAUCGCUUAUUUCCACCGCCUGGCAACACAAGUCCUGGCUACACUAAGCGAUAUCGUCGAUGCGACGGACUCGGAUGAUGAGAGGGAGGAUGCGCACGCUGCUCUCAAUCCUGUGAGUGGUGAUGACACGGGGCCAGCGGUGCAUGUCAAUAGCGAGGAUGUGGUGAGAAUGGGCCUGGACGUGUGGUCUGCUACGGACCACCGCUUUAUCGAGGAGAUCGCCAAGGAGUACUUUGCGAGGAGAGCGCAUGUGGAAGGGAGGAACGUGGAUGUAUGUGGUGUACGGAUCUGCUGA